UGCUGGAAAUUGACCAGUAUACUACUGAUACAGAUCCUGAGGGGCAAGAGAGGGGCCUUAAGACCCCAUUUGCUAGUCUCUUUGUAUUAAAAAAUUAAGUUCAUAAAUAUCUUGUUCUAGUAAAUGCCGAAAUAUUAGACCCUUAAAAUGUUGGGGAAACGAAAACGUGUGGUAUUGACAAUUAAAGACAAGCUUGAUAUCAUUAAGAAACUUGAGGAAGGCAUCUCUUUCAAAAAACUUUCUGUGGUGUAUGGAAUUGGUGAGUCUACAGUUCGUGAUAUUAAAAAGAACAAAGAAAGGAUUAUAAACUAUGCGAACAGUUCAGAUCCUACAAGUGGGGUAUCCAAACGUAAAUCCAUGAAAUCAUCAACAUAUGAGGAGCUUGAUAGAGUUAUGAUAGAAUGGUUUAACCAACAGAAGAGAGAUGGGAUACCAGUGUCCGGAACAAUUUGUGCAAAACAAGCCAAGUUCUUUUUUGAUGCUUUAGGAAUGGAAGGUGAUUUUAAUGCAUCAUCUGGCUGGUUAACUCGAUUUAAGCAGCGCCAUGGUAUUCCGAAGGCUGCUGGUAAAGGAACAAAAUUAAAAGGAGAUGAAACUGCUGCCAGUGAAUUUUGUGGUAACUUUCAGGAAUUUGUUGAGAAGGAGAAUCUACAACCAGAGCAAAUUUAUGGUGCUGACCAAACAGGAUUGUUCUGGAAAUGUCUACCAUCAAGGACAUUAGCUCUUGAAACUGAGCAAAGUACUUCUGGGUACAGGUCAAGCAGAGAGAGAAUCAUUAUUAUGUGUUGUACAAAUGCCACAGGUGUACACAAACUUAAUCUUUGUGUCGUGGGGAAAGCAAAAAAGCCCCGUGCCUUCAAAGGAACUGACCUUUCUAACCUUCCUGUAACUUAUUUCAGUCAAAAGGGUGCGUGGAUAGAACAUUCUGUUUUCAAACAGUGGUUUGAAAAAUACUUUGUGCCACAGGUGCAAAAGCAUUUGAAAUCCAAGGGUCUUUUACAGAAAGCAGUGCUGCUUUUGGAUUUUCCCCCAGCACAUCCAAAUGAAGAAGUGUUGAGUUCAGAUGAUGGCAGAAUAACUGUGAAAUACUUGCCACCAAAUGUUACAAGCCUAAUUCAACCUAUGAGCCAGGGAAUUCUAGCGACAGUAAAAAGAUACUACCGAGCAGGACUUCUCCAGAAAUACAUGGAUGAAGGAAUUGACCCAAAAAUGUUUUGGAAGAACUUGACAGUGUUGGAUGCAAUUUAUGAAGUAUCAAGAGCUUGGAAUAUGGUAAAAUCAAGUACCAUAACCAAAGCCUGGAAAAAACUUUUCCCAGGCAAUGAAGAGAAUUCAGGUGUAAACAUUGAUGAAGGAGCCAUUUUAGCAGCUAAUUUAGCAACGGUUUUACAGAACACAGAAGAUUGUGAACAUGCUGACAUUGAAUAUAUUGAUCAGUGGUUUGACUCUCAAAGUAAUGACUCAAACUGUCAGGUGCUUACUGACUGUGAAGGUGCUGAGAACCUGGCCAAGCCUGCUGAGCAAAAGCCUUCCAGUAAAACUAGAAAAACAGAACUGAAUCCAGAAAAGCUUAUUAGUCAUAAAGCUGCCCUUGAAUGGACUGAAAAUUUACUAGAUUAUCUCGAACAACAAGAUGACAUGCUUUUGUCUGAUAAAUUGGUAUUACGGAGACUUCGAACAAUAAUAAGAAGAAAACAGAAGACCCAAACCAGCAAAAAUCGUUAAUAGCACUCUUAAAUAUUUCAUUGUAUCUUUGUGACUCUACCUGCAAUGGAAUUUAAUUAUCCUGUUUGAAGUGCUGUGGAUUCCAAUACCAAAUGCAUUUGAUACGUGAUUUUAGGACUGACUGCUAUUUUAGAUUACUUAAACUGCAACGCUAAUGUUGACACUAGUAAUUGAACAUUGACAUGUAAAUUGUUAGUCACUGUUUCUAAUCUGUAUUAUUACAAAUUAGAUCAUAAAGUACCUGAGGUCAGAGACUGUGUAUCUCUUCUGUGCCUAAAUUUCAUUGUGUGUAAUAGAGAAUCAUUCACACUAUAGGCACUUAAUAAAUCCUUCUUCAAUUGAACUUUUAU